CUGCUUUCUCUAGUAGUCUGUUGGCGGCUGCCAAGUGAUGUUGUUUCCGUACGUCCCGUUCACAACAACCCCGAAGCACACGGCAACACAUCUUUGGACCUUCGCAUUCGACUCACUGGGAGCCGAAUUUUUAUGCCUAACCCUUUUGCUCCAACUAAAAGACUUUCUUCCCUUUUAAAACAAGAACCGUAAGAGGCUGUCGUCGAAGCUGUCAUGUUGAACGCGGACGAAAGUUCCUGGUUAGCGGGCUCGCGGCUGCCGGGCUCCCUUCCUCCGCCCCCGGGGCCUCAGUGGUGCUCCGAUGCCCCUCACCCACAUCUGAAGAUCCCGGGUGGGCGAGGGACGGUCAGGGAUCACUCUCUCGGCGCGCUGCUACACAAGGGUGACAAGUUGACGGUGAUGCAGUCGACGGACGUGAACGGGAACGCCUCACUGCUGCGCUUCCACUACCAGCUGAGCGAACGCCGCUCGGCCUUCUGGGACACGACCGUGUGGGAAGGCAGCCUCUUCCUGGAGAUGCCGACGGGGCCGCUGGCGGAGGGAAGCAAAGAGGGGCUUACCGCUCUGCUGGAGUUUGCCGAGGAUAAGCUGAAGGUGAACUCUGUCGUCCUUUGGUUCUGCAAAGGCCGAGAGGACCGACUGUCCAUCAUCAAGACCUUCAACUACAUCGGCUUUGAGAUGUUGAAGCCGGGAGACCCCUCGGUUCCGGCCCGGCCCGACUUGGUCUUCAUGCUUUACUCUCUGGACAUCGACAGCAGCUCGGACGAGGAGUGAGCCCACAUUGCCCCCCUCCCCCCCACCCCCUUUCAUCCUCUUGCCUUUGGGAUCGAGACUUUUUUUUUUCUUUCCCUUCCGUCUCUUAAGACUGCGAACCAAGUCGCUUGAAACGAUGCUGUUACAUGCCAGACUUUUCCUACUUGAAAGAGACGACUUUUUAUGUUGUUUUAGAAGACUUUUU